AUACUACUACCACAGUCUUAGGUGACAUCAGAACUGAAAGUCCGAUUCCCGAGUUAGACAGCAAAUAUCGAAACCGUCCAAGCUCCUUUUGUCGACAAGUCCUUCAUCAUCGGCGGCUCAGGAUAGCAUCCUCACCAUGGGUGUCGUGCUAGGGGUCAAAGAUGGCAAAGUGUCGCCGACACGAGCACUCAUCGGCACAACCACUACUGUGCUCGUCAGUUACUGGCUAUACAUCCUCCUAUCCGCCAUCGUCAUCCGUGCCGCCUACAAACGCUACGCCUCACCACUACGCAAAUAUCCCGGUCCCUUCCUAGCCUCCUGUUCGCGUCUAUGGAAGGUCCUCUCCACAGCCAGCGGCCGCACACACCUCGACCACAUCGAACUUCAUCGGAAAUACGGUCCCGUCGUGAGGAUCGCCCCCAACGAGGUCUCGGUAGCAUCGCCCGAAGCAGCCAGGACACUUCUGAGCGCCGGCAAGCGCUUCUUCAAGACGCCCUUCUACGGCGUCUUCCCACCGCCCGAGAACCCCGACAUCUUCACUGAGACCCGCGAAGAUGUCCACGCCCAAAAGAAGCGAGUCGCCAACGUGCCCUACAGCAUGGCUGCCAUGCAACAGCUGAGUCCCUUCAUCGACGACACCAUCGAGCUGUUGGCGCGCAAGAUCGACGAGCACAUUGCGCAGCAACACAAGUGGGUGUUUGACCUGGGCGAUUACCUCCACUACUUUGCCUUUGACGUGCUUGGGGAGGUGGCUUUCAGCAGGAGCUUUGGUUUUCUUGAACAAGGCCGGGAUGUGGACAAUGCGAUCAAGACGAUUGACAAGUCCCAGACGUACAAUGGGAUUGUGGGGCAGGUGCCUGAGCUGGAUCACCUGCUGAGAAGGAACCCGCUGUGGCAGUUCAUCCCCUGGUUGAGCACUAAGAAUGCUCUGAUCACAAGGAUGGCGCUCGAGGAGAUGGGGAGGAGACAGCCGUUUAACAAGGACACGGCGGUGCUGCAGACUGGUGAUGCGAGGCAGGAUUUGAUGGCUAGCUUGAUCUUGGGGCAUUUGAAGGACCCGGAGAGGUUUGGGGUGGGGGAUGUCUUUGCUGUUGCGCAUGGUGCUAUCUUCGCCGGCUCCGACUCCACCGCCUCAACAAUGCAAUCCUUCUUCUACCACGUCCUCUCCUCCCCCUCCACCUACCAGUCUAUCCUGCACGAGAUCCAAUCCGCCGUCUCCUCGGGUACCAUCCCCGCCACCGGCAACCUAACCUGGAACCAAGCCCAAACCUUGCCUUACCUGCAAGCCUGUCUCAAAGAAGCCAUGCGCGUGCGUCCCGCUGUGGGACUGAACAUCACCCGGCUUGUACCUCCAGAGGGCGCAGAGCUGGAUGGGCACUUCUUCCCCGGAGGCACGAGCAUCGCUGCUAACGGGUGGGUGCUACAUCGUGAUAAGGUGACGUUUGGGAAGGAUGCGGAUGAGUGGAGGCCGGAGAGGUGGUUGGAGAGCGAAGAGGAGGCGAGGAGGAUGGAGAGGUAUAUGUUUCAGUUCGGUGGUGGAAGUCAUCUCUGUAUUGGAAGGAACUUGGCGCUGUUGGAGAUCAACAAGGUUGUUCCGCGGUUGUUGAGGGAUUAUAGGUUCGAGUUGGCGCACCCGGGGAGGGAGUUGAAGGCUAAUGCGUCGUUCUUUGUCGUGCAGAGUGGGUUGGAGGUUUUUGUGCGUAGGGCGUGAAGAGUUUCUGAGAGUUUGGUGUGAGUGUCCGUCCAUUGUCUGUUUUGGUUGAUGUUGGUGUGAUUUCUACGGUGUUGAGUCUACCAUUACUCCUUUGGCAGCUUUUUCUUCCCCGUUUCUUCACUUGCCGUACAAUUCAAUACUGGUUUGUUUGUUAGUUUGGUUCUUCGAUCAUAGGUUGAACAGGGGAGUUUUGGAGCUCUCAUUGGCCUUUGGAGAGGAACCGUCCUUCGUUUGAAGCGAUAUG